GUUUUACAAAGGCUAACUCAAUUUGAGAACACAUACUUUCAUCUGUAAAUUGAAGCAAUUAUGCAGAAGAUAUUAUAUUAUGUAGACUGUGGUCUCUGGAUAGUCAUCAAUCACCCACUAUCGAGCUGUCAACGCGAGCAGAUUCGUUUCUUAGACGCAGUCUUCCAGCUGGGGAGAAUAGUAGAACAUCAUCAUUAAUUAGAGUGUGACCCCGCGGCUAUUCACAUGUCUGAACCCAUGAACACUCGAGCAAGUCUACACACCAUGGGUUUGUACAGAAAUGUACUCUACAGUAUAGCCAGAGCAAGCCACGAUUUAAAGUGGAAGGGACUUUCUUCGCGUUUAUCUACUACUGAGCCUGUGCGCGCUUGCCAAUCAGUGAGAUCGAGCCGUCUGCAAUCGCGUGGAGGAGACCAGGCAGCUUUCUCUCUCUACCUCCCUCUCUCUUUCUCUCCCUUUCCUGGAUGUUGGGUGGCUUGGACAAUGUCGUACCCGCAGUUCGGAUAUCCCUACACAUCAGCACCUCAGUUUCUGAUGACCACCAACCCCCUGACUACGUGCUGUGAGUCAAGCGGCAGGACGCUGGUUGAUUCAGGGGCUGCCGCCUCUGCCCAAACCCCUGUCUAUUGUCCCAUGUACGAGAGCAGGCUGCUGGCCACAGCCAGGCAUGAGCUCAACUCGGCUGCUGCCCUCGGCAUGUAUGGGAGCCCGUAUGCCACCAACCAGGGAUAUGGCAACUAUGUCACCUAUGGGACAGAACCCUCUGCUUUCUAUUCACUGAGUCCUUUUGACACCAAGGAUGCAGCAGGAUCUGCGCAUGCGGGAAUCACCCAGGCAGCUGCCUAUUAUCCAUAUGAUCCGAGCUUGGGACAGUAUCAGUAUGACAGAUAUGGUGCCGUGGAUGCAGGAGCCAGGCGUAAAAAUGCAACACGGGAAACGACCAGCACUCUCAAAGCCUGGCUACAAGAGCACAGGAAGAACCCGUACCCGACCAAAGGGGAGAAGAUCAUGCUGGCCAUCAUCACCAAGAUGACCCUGACCCAGGUCUCCACCUGGUUCGCCAACGCCAGGAGGAGACUCAAGAAAGAGAACAAAAUGACCUGGUCGCCCAGGAAUAAAUGCACGGAUGACAAGAAAACUUAUGGAGACGAGGACGUUGAAAGUCCAAAUGAUAGAAGUCCGGAAGACAAACACAGUGAUGAUACCACAUGCAAAGAAGACAAAGAACUGCAGCUGAGUGACCUCGAUGACUUUGAUGGGAUUGAGACAGAAAGUGAUGAGUGUGAACUGAAAGGGCCAUUUCAGCAGAUGGACAGCACUCAGCUCAGGGUCUCCGAUUGCCCGAUUGACCAGUGCAAGAAGGUUUCUUUAAAGAUAGCCCUGCCAACACCGGCAGAUCGCCACUCAGAAAAGGUCAAGGACUGUCUCAAGCGAGUAAUGGCAAAUUCCGAGCAAGAUCUAAUGGCAGGCAGACAGAGGGGGUGUGAGUCGAAGCUUUGCUUCCCGCCACAACAGCAUAGUCAGCAGAUGCUGGACAACAAGCCUCGGAUCUGGUCCCUCGCUCAAACCGCAACUUCUUUGAGCCAAACUGAAUAUCCAUCUUGCAUGUUGAAAAGGCACCAACAGGCUCUCUCCUCUUCGUCUCCGCUGGCCUCUAUGCCCACCAGCGUGUUGGAUAGACAAGAUUCGCCAGUAACCACCCUAAGGAAUUGGGUAGAUGGGGUUUUCCACGACCCGCUACUCAGACAUAGCACUUUGAACCAGGCACUAACCAAUACCACCGUUUCCUGGGCUACCACCAAAGGUGUUAUCUUGGAUACAGAGGCAGUGGGACGUUCUUUGGGAACUCCUACAAACCUGAUUAAAGGACAGAUCACAGGCCUACCCCAACAUGAAACUACUAAGGACAUCGCAGCAUUUCCCAAAACAGGAAACAAAAUGUUUUGUUCGUAACAAAUCAGAUGGUAUGGAUUCUUUUCUCUGGAGCCUUGCUGAUUGAUGGGACUCAGAAGAGGCAAACUUUCACUUUAAGACGUUGUAUUCACUUCCCAGCGAUCUUUUAUGAGACUUUCUAUGUUUCACCACUCUUAAGCUUUUAACAAAAUAACUCCAGUUCUUUCAAGAGCUCUUUAACUGACUAGUGGCUAUGUAACUUAUUCAAAAGUCCAUGUUGGAAAGCACGUCUGAACUAUAGUAUAGACACAUCGGUAACGUUUACAACUCCAGAGUUUGCAGAAGUGGGUACCUUGGAUAGGAAUUCGCAGUCUGCUUGAAAGCAUGCAAAUACAAUGCCCCGAAAACAAAAUAUUUACGCUAAACAUCAAGCUCUGGCUAUGAAUCACAAGCAACACUUAUUAAAAGUUUACACCAUUGCACAAUACUUUGGCUUUAAAAAGAUUCGAGAAUAUAUGUUUAACAUAUGCGCACUGAAAUAAAUGUGCUCUUUUAGAGGUAA